AUGAGCAUAAUCAGAGAAAAUAACAAAAAUAGAGGUAGAGUCUAUCGUUGCUUUGCCAUUUUUAAUUGUGAUCGUUAAGAAUUCACUCAUAUUUAAAAACGAAGAUGCAAUAAAUCUUAUGAAUCCUCUUAUCAAGAUGUUAGAAAUUAAGCUGAACAUUGUUACUCUAUACAUUCUUUAGAAUUAAGUUAUAAGAAUGCUUAUUCAGAAUGGUUUGGAAUAUUGGAUUAACCAUAAAGUAAUUCAUUCAAAAUAUUUUAUAGAGUGUUAUUUCAUGUUUAUGCUUUUUCCACAAACCAACAUCUAAUUAGUAAAUGAAGCCUUAAAUUAACUAAUUAAAUUAAUAUCCUCAAUACCCAAUUAUUACCAUGUAAAUAUCUAUAGCUAAGUAGUUAACUUCUGAACAAUUAGAUCAACUUAAAAGAGCAGAAAUAAGGAAACUAAUAGACAAAAUGGAAAAUGAAUAUAUUGAAAAAGAAGGUAUUAUGGGUAAUCCUUCAGAAGAUGAGUAAGCUGGAAGUAAGAUUAUUAGUUUUAAUCCUAUUAAGUAUAAAUAUAUUAUAAAAUAGAUCAAAUCCUCCAAGUUCAUUCAGAUCAAAUAUUUAAUUAUAAACAUCUAAAAAUGAUACUCUAAUUAUAUCAUAAAAAGAACUUGCUUAGACUAAAACUGUGGAUAAAGAAUAUGUUGAAUUUGGUGUCUAUAGAGGAUUUGCUAUAUUCAGUCUUUAAUUAUAAAAAAUCAUUUUUUAAAUUAGAAGAGGAUCUAAAUAAGCUUUUACAUAAUCAAUUAAUAAUAUUGAGAAAUUAUUAAAGGUAAAUUCUAAAUAACCUGAACAAUACUCUAUUUUCAUUGAAAAAGUCAAUUCCAGAGCAGAAUGGCAUGGGAAAUAUCAUAAACCUGAUUGUACUUAUUUUUAUUUGAUUUAAUAGAAUGCUAUUAUUUAAUUAUGACAUUUUAGAAUGCUGAUCCAGAGGAAUGCAAUAAAACUUUAAAAUUAGCUAUAAGUAGAUUUUCUAAAGAUCCACAUUUUGUUUAAUAUUCAUAAUAAGAAUUGAAUGAUAAAUAUCUUUGGGAUGUCAGUAAUCUAUUGAAAUCUUCAGAAAGACAUUAUGAAUAUGACCAAAGUCAUUUAGGUGUACCCAGUGAUGAUGAAGUUAUACCUAAAUUAGAUAUACUAAAAUCAAGUACUUUAGGAUUAACUAAAAAUUAUUCAACUUUUUCAGCAUCCAAAAUGGAAUUAAUUUAAAUGUAGAUAUUACCAAGAUCUCAUUUAAUGUAAUUAGGAGAAACUGAUUUAGAUUCUCCUAUAUAAACAAAAGAAACCAUUUUAACUAAGCUUGAUCAUUUUGAACCAUUGGUUAAUGAUACAGAAGAUAUAUUGUAAUAUGGUGUAAUAACUUCUCUUGUUAUUCUGUUAAUUAUUUUUGCAUAUUUGAUAUUAAAAUGA